GAGCAAGGCGUGGCUCCUUGUCGUCACUGUUUGCGCCUCCACCUGGAACAGCACCUGGAGGAGGACUCAUCUCCGCUUCCGCCUCAACCGCUUCAGUAAUGGGAGGAAGUUCUACAGCUGCGUCUCAGAGCUUGCCGAGACGUCGAUCGACUGGACAAACGUCCAGAGGAGGGGCAAACAGUAACGAUCAAGUAGAGCAACGAGGAAAAAAUCGAGCAGUCUUCGCACCACAUCUUGGCGGUGGAGCAAACCCUUCAUCUAAAGAUCCUUCUCCUCGUAAAGGCAGCACUGGUACAACUAUGGCUGACGAUUCUCAGAGUCUGGGUAAAAGGACUCGUCUAGGCAGUCAGGUGAACAACAUCGCAAGCGGAAGAGGAAGCGACAGUGGGGCUGCAUAUUAUACCAAUACCUCACCACCACCACCACUACAAGGAGGAGGAGGGCGUGCCACGACUUCUGCUGGGAGCCCUGCAUCUUCGGAACAAGAUGCAGCUGCACAACAAGGGGAGAACAUUGGUGAUCAGCAUACUGGAGGAAACAAAAACAAGUCAUCUGCAGCUACAGCACAACAACAGAAUGCUAAAAAUCAUGUUCGUCCCAAGAACAGCACCUCGCAAGUGGAUAUUGAGUCGCAUUAUCGAGUGGAGGCAAGUUCUCCCGAUGAAGAAGCUUUACUGCAUGGUAUUUCAGAACUCGGGUACAAGAUUUUAGAACGCAGUGGCUCUGAGCUAGGUGUUUUGGAAAACGGCGUGUACAGAAGAUGGGAGAUUUUAGGCGUGCACGAAUUCAACUCGGAUCGUCGACGCAUGGGCAUUGUGCUGAAAGAACAAGUUCUAGCCACCAACAUGAUGUUCAAUACGCCAACGGCAUCUACUUCGACACCAUAUGCGGUUGGGGGAGGUGGAGGAGGGCAUCUUCCGAUGCAGCAAAAUCGACAUACUUACGGAGCAAAUGCAACGACCUACAAUGCUGCAAGGGGUGGAGCAACUUGUAGGCCUUCUUCACCGGCAGCUUCAGGUGGCCAACUGACGCCACGGCCACCUGGCAGUCGAGGUUCCGGAUCACCGACGAUGUCUCCUACUGUCGGUCUCAGUCGAAACACUUCCAAAGAAGGCAGCGCGUCACAGAUUCACCAGGUUGGCGCAAUUAUGUGUGCUCCGUCACCUAGUGCCUCUUUGACCAGUAUACCACCGCCUGGAGGCAUGAUUGGCAGCAACACACUGAAAGUUGAAAGACUCGCUAGUCCGCGAAUGACUCCUGUUUCCAUAGUGUCUAACGACUCUGGAUCCUCGACACAAGCCUCUGGAGCAGGUCUCAUAACGAAAAUAAAUCAUCACCAAGACCAACCGCCUCCUCCACCAUCAACGCCACCACAUCAAGAACAGCAUCAUGGACCAUCAUCAUUUGGAGGACCUUCGUCGAUGUCGAUCGGUUCUACUAAAACAAAUACAGCAGGAGGAGCCUCGUCUGUGAAGAGACAUCAGAGUCGUCAAGGAACGAAUGUGUCAGAACAAUCGACUGGAAGUUACCAGAGCAGUUCGUUGGGUGCGAGCGGUUACACCAACGCAGCGCAGAUGACCACGGCUUCGCUGAACACAACAAUUGGCAUGCAUACGACGACUAGUGGUCUUCUGUCUCAUCCUGGAGGUUUGAUGCAUCAACAUCACCCAUACUAUCCCAGCGAACGUUUUGUGCUCUUCAUCAAGGGCGCAGAUAGUGUCAUGUUAGAGCGCUGUAAGUCGCACAGCUCGGCUUUUCACCAGAACAUACUGGACUUCUCGUGUAGCGGGUUGCGAACUUUGGUUAUGGGUCGUAGAUAUCUCACACGACAGGAAGCCAGCGAGUAUGUAGCACGCAUGAAGAAAGCGAAGACAGCGUUAGAGAACCGUGAUGAAGAGGUAGACGCUGUCGCAGACUGGAUCGAACGAGACAUCGAAAUUUUAGGCAUCGCAGGGUUGGAGGACCGAUUGCAGGUAGGGGUACCGGAAACUGUGGAGUUGCUGCGACACGGAGGCAUCAAACUGUGGAUGCUCACCGGGGAUAAGCAGGAAACGGCCGUGAAUGUUGCCAAAUCUGUGGCUUUGAUUCCGUGGGAAGCCGAAGUCUUUUUCGUCAACGUUGUGAAACAAAGAUCGACGUCGAAAACCGAGUCUGGUGGAGCAUCGCUAGGAGGCGUUCGUGGGCAACAAUCGCAUGAGCACGAAACCAGCAUGAUUGGUGAAAACAAAGACAACACGGUCGAUAGUAGUAAACAACUGGUCACUACAUCUUCACGUGGUGCAAGUGCAACCCAAACACGGAGACAAAGCUCGAAGUCAAAUACUUUGAGUAUGACAGCUACGUUGAUGAGUGCAACUGGAACUGGAGGCACUGGCACAACUGACAACAAAAAGACAGGACUUCAGCAUCAGUUGUCUUUUGGUGACGACGAAACGACGAAAUCGAAUUCUUUGCGUGGUUUGAACGGCUUUGGAGGGCGUCGUGGAAGUGCAACUAGCAGACGUGGGUCCUUAGACCGUGCAC